ACUCUGUCAAAUGUCAUCGGGCCGCUUUUAAAAACUUUUACGGCUGUAAUUAAAAUUCGCUGUAAUUACUUAGUAUGGGAUGAUAAGACAAGUGGAAAAGGUACUUUGGGGGGCAGUAUUUAAGCGAGCGGUCGCGAUUAAAAAUCCACGUUCGUCCUCAGCCUGCCUGAGUAUGGAAGCAAUAGACAAGCGAGAACUGAAAACCAAACUAACACCGAUGCAGUACCACGUUACUCAAGAACGGGGCACCGAACGACCCUUCACAGGCUGCUAUAAUAAGUUUUACGAGGAAGGUACCUACAUUUGCGUAGUAUGCGAGCAACCCCUUUUUAGUUCCAAUACAAAAUACGACAGCGGAUGCGGCUGGCCCGCAUUUAACGACGUUCUCGAGCAAGGCAAAGUUAAACUGACGCCCGAUACGUCAGGGGUUGGAGGUAACCUACUACUCCUAAUCUCCCAACCAGGGCGAAUUCGAACAGAGGUUUCUUGCGCCGCGUGCAACGCUCAUCUGGGACAUGUAUUCAACGAUGGUCCCAAACCGACGAAGAGGCGUUUCUGCAUCAACUCGGCUUCCAUCAACUUUAUACCUCAUAAGAAUGGUAUUCAGCAAAGCUAAUCUUAGCUAAUGUUAGAGUAAUUUGGACAAUCGAUAUUUAAAUGCCUAUACUUUCUAAGAUAUAUCCGUUUUGCAUAUUUUCGUAAAAGCCAAUUGUUUGUAUGUAGCAAAUUGAAAUUAGCGAAAUGGUAUUCCUCAUUCUUACGCUGUGUAGUUGUUGUGAUGUCUUUAUGAUUUAUGUUUCAUUAUAAUUUGUUUUUAUGUUAACAAUAAAGUUGUUUGUAAAUGA